CCUUCCUAACUCCCACGCAGCGUUGACAGUGUCUCCUCUUGUCCUCUCUCAGGUGGUCCUGCCGACCUUCAUCCUGGAGAGGAGGUCGUUGUUAGAAAUGUACGCUGACUUCUUCGCACACCCCGACUUAUUCGUAAGCAUCGCGGAGCAGGAGGAGGCCAGGGAGCGCAUGGUGCAGGUGGUGAAGUGGUACAUGUCUGCUUUCCACGCGGGGAGGAAAGGCUCCGUGGCCAAGAAGCCCUACAACCCCAUCCUGGGAGAGGUGUUCUACUGCCACUGGGACCUGCCCACGGAGACAGAGGAGCCCCCCCCGCCCACGCAGGAGACGGUGUCCGAGGGUCCCGUGCCGUGGUCUUCCACCAACAGUGUGUGUUUUGUGGCGGAGCAGGUCUCUCACCACCCCCCCAGUGAGUAACUGA